AUGCUUUCAUUCGUCUUGGUCCUCUUGGCCUCGGUUGGCUUGAGUAGAGCCGUCCUGUCUGCACCUCGUGAUCGUCUAGAUCAUGAUCACUGUACAGCUACUGCUGUUGAUUGUGCCGCUACCGCUGAUGGUGGGUGCAUUGCUGCGACAAGCGCUGAUGGAAGUCCUCUCGACUUCCGAAUGGUUUAUGUUCCUCCGAAGACUUAUGGACCUGGUGAGAAGAGGGCUGUCUACAAACAGUUUCAAAACUACCCGAGAAUUGUUGAUGCCUCUCGAGCCCCGAGUUAUGCUCCCACCUCUCCCGACCAAAAGCCGAGUGUACCUAUCGGUUACAUUGACAUGCCGGAAGGGACGACUUACGGGUAUUGGGAUGCCGCUUAUGGUGUUAUGAAUGAAGCCGGUUUAUCGAUGGGUGAGAGCAGCUGCAGUGGACGUUUGAGUUCUGUUCCGAAGGGAGACGGCCCGAACGGUAGCGGCGCCUUGUUCUGGGUGGGUGAAUUGUCUGAUAUCGCCCUCGAGGUCUGCUCCACUGCUAGAUGUGCCAUACAGACAAUGGGUAAGCUCGCUGAGGAGCAUGGCUUCUACGGUUCUAUUGGCGUUAAAGAGGCUGGCGAGGCAUUAACAAUCGCCGAUGGUACCGAG